AUGCUUUCUAACAUCGAUGUUGCGAGCCCAACCAAACCCAACCCAAUUACUCCGAGCAGAACUUUGCCCCCUAGAGCUGCCCGGUCCAAGGUCGAAUACAACUAUUCACCGCGCCCAAAGACUCCCAAAACUCAAUCUCCCCAAACGAAAACACCCAGAUCAAAAUCCAAGAGACAACAAAUCGCUGACAAUCGCCUUUUGGACUCUGACAUGAUUAUCGAGGAGGUUUCGACAAAGACCAGAGCUACAGCAACACGCAUAGUCAAGGCUGAUACUGUGCGAAACCGAGUACGUGAAGAGAUUGCCACUACGACGAAAGCAAAGCGUGAUGCAUUCCUCGUCCAUCACAAAGAUUACUUCUUACCACUGCUGCCCCCCAACAACUACAUAUCCAAGCUGCUCCAGGCCAACGAUUCGCAUCAGGACUACGUGCCGUACACCCCUCUGAGCAAGCAACCUACUGAUGUGGUGGCCACAAUGAAGCCAUACCAACUUACCGGCCUGUCGUUCUUGGCCAACAUGUACGAGAACGCAAUGCCAGCAAUCUUGGGUGACGAGAUGGGUCUGGGAAAGACACUGCAAACACUGUCAUUGAUCCAACACCUCGAGGAGACUCAUCCUAGCCCAGUCGGCAUCGCUAGACCCUACUUGGUUGUCUGUCCACUCAGUGUGCUGGGAUCAUGGUGCGAUGAGGCCCGGAAGUGGACCCCAAAACUCAAGGUUCUUCGCUUCCACGGCUCGACCUCUGAGCGUAACGAGGUGAAAUUAAUGGCUUCAGGAGUUACGGACAGAUACGGCAACGCUACCGGGCGCAACAAGAGCAAGCGGGGCGACGUCUCUGUGCCGACAAAUGAGGGUUCUGGAACAGUCUUCGACAUCAUGGUCACCAACUAUGAGACCUUCCAAUCAGAGAGCUCUUGGUUGAAGCAGGCAUUCGUAUGGCGUUAUUGCAUUCUGGACGAAGGACACAAGAUCAAGAACGACAAGACAAAUAUCUCGCUCGCUUUGCAAGGUCUGCAAGCUGAACAUCGCCUGUUGCUUACGGGAACUCCUUUGCAGAACGACCUACGCGAGAUGUGGGCCUUGCUUCACUGGCUGUACCCUAGUGUCUUCAUCGACAAGACCGCGGACUUGUUCAAGGAAGCGUUCGAUAUCGGCCGCGGUCAGGUUGACUCGGACUUCAUGGACCACGCCCGUCACUUGCUCGAACUCGUCAUGAUUCGAAGAAUGAAAAGCAGUCCUGGUGUCGACCUGGGACUACCUCCAAAGAGCGAGGUUCUGCUCUACAUUCCUCUGACUCCACUCCAGCGAUUCUGGUACACGAGACUAUUGACAAAAGCUGGUGGCACUCUACUGGAUGACAUAUUUGGCAAUGUCAAGCAGAAGGAACAUGAAGCAAUGAUCAAAGAGGUUGAGGAGGAUGUCAAACUCGGCCAGGUCACAGACGUAGUGGACAAUGACUUUACCAGUCAAAGUCGCGCCCUGAUUGAGCAAGCUGUAUCGAAUGAAGCGACCGGAGAAAAGGACACAUCCGCUUACAAGAAGUUGAUGAACAUUGUUAUGCAGUUGCGCAAGACGUGUGUAACACCUUAUAUGAUCAAAGGUGCCGCUCCAGAUCCAUACCACUAUGGAGAUCAUAUCAUGCAUGCCUCCGGUAAGUUCAUCGUCUUGAGCAAAAUCAUCGACGAGCUCGUCGUGAAACAAGGAAAGAAGAUCCUUAUUUUCUCGGGGUUCACCUCGGCUCUCGACUACUGCGAAGACCUGCUCGCCACAAAAGGCAGCAACCAACAUGACGCUCCCUUCCGCCAUGUGCGUUUCGAUGGCAGCACCCAACGAGCAGUCCGUAAUCUGCAAAUCAGACUAUUCAACGACAAGUCUUCAGAAUACAAGGUCAUGCUCAUCUCGACUCGCGCAGGUGGCCUUGGUCUCAAUCUCACUGCCGCAAGCGAUGUUAUUUUCCUAGACGAAGACUGGAACCCACAAGUCACACUCCAAGCAGAAGCCCGCUCUCAUCGUAUUGGACAGACCAAACCUGUUACCAUUUACAAGUUGUUGAGUUCUGGCACUGUGGAAGAGCAGAUGAUGGGCCGAAUCAGAAAGAAGCUGUAUCUCUCUGCAAAGAUCACCGAAUCCAUGCAAGAUAUUCAUUCCACCAAUCAACCACACAAGAGAAAGAGAACUGCUGGGCAAGACGAAGCUUCCACAGAUGAUGGCCCAGAACUUGGUUUCUCACAGCUAAAGAGCUUGAUUCGUCGUGGCGCCACUACGUUGAGUCAUCCGGAAGUUGAUGUGAGUGAAAUGGUGACCUGGGACCUCGAAACAAUCAUCGAGAAGUGCAAAGACAAGCCUAUCGACCCUCACGUUAACGGCGAAUCCGAAGAGACCGCCGAGAAGGAGUGGCUUGCUAAGAUGGAACGAGUCGAGACUGCUGUGCUCAAUGGUGUCAAGUACCAAAAGAGUAUCGAAAAGUCAGCCAUAGCUGCCACAGAUCUCUCUCGUGCAGACCGCCGAGUGGACAAGAACACAACAGUCAUGGUGGAUGGCUUCGCUAUCAACAAGGAGAGCAUGAACUGUGGCGAUUGGGAGGCGGUACCAACACUUGCAGGCAAAGACCCUCGACUUGCCGAACCCAAGCGCGAGAAGGCAGCUCCCAUCAAUCAUCAGGAGAUCUGUCAAUCUUGCUUCGACGGCGGCGAGAUGUACCUCUGCUCAGGCUGCCCUCGCGCCUACCACCUGGCUUGCUUGAGCAAGCAAUACCAAGCAAAAGCCACUUCCAAGAUGAACUUCCAUUGCCCUCAGCACGAUUGCCACGAUUGCGAAAAGAGCACCGGCAAUGCUGGUGGCUUGAUCUACCGUUGUCGCUGGUGCCACAAAGGAUACUGCGAGGACUGUCUUGACCCCAACUCGCAACUGCUGGGCGAGACAAUUCCAGAGUAUGCAGUGCUAGACUAUGCACCCAAGCGCAACGCCUGGUACAUCCAUUGCACCGAGUGCAAGGAAUCACAGGCGGACCCCGAAUUCGGAAAGCUGAUUGCCAGCAUAGCCGAACAGCACGACAGAGAGUAUGCGGAGCUCCUCCAAGCUCAGAACGACAACAUGACCCAGAACACUCAGCUCGGCGCUUCUGAAGUGCCACCCAGCCGUGACGAGUCCAUGACCGAUGGCAUCACACUCGAGUCAUCUGGCCAAGCCACGCCCCUCGAGUCCGCCAGACAGACCAAGCGACCUAUGGAAUACAUCAACAUCGCAGACGACGGCGAUGACAUUGUAGAUCUCACGGGAGAAGGAACCACCAAGCUCCUUCCCAUCUCCGUCGACGAGGACCUCCAGACCUCGGCAGGAGCACCCAUGUACAACAACAGCAAGUCUCGUUCCAAUCUCAAGUCAAAGAAGCGCAGAACUCAUUAG